GUGAAAACACCCCACUAAAAGGCGGCCCAAUUCUUGCACAAUCGCUCACAACACCUGCAUCAACAAACUCUCCUAGCCCCUUCCAAAGCCUCCCCUCCCAAGCCUCGAGUGUCAUACCCUUCCCCGGGAUUGAAAAGAACUUGAGUCGCGCACGCCUAAGCAGCUCGUUCAAGUUCUCUGCAUAUCCGUCUCCGCACAAACAGCUAGAAUGGCCGCCUCGGGAGUCAGUGUCCACCCGGACUGCAUCAGCGCAUUCAACGACCUCAAACUCGGCAAGAACACGAAGUACAUUAUCUACAAGAUCUCGGAUGACUGGAAGGAGAUUGUUGUCGAGGAAACAUCCGAAAACGGUGACUGGGACCAGUUCAGAGAGAAGCUUCUGAAUGCGAAGUCCAAGGACAAGAAAGGAAAGGAGGGCAUCGGCGGCCGCUACGCCGUCUUCGAUGUUCAGUACGAGCUCGAAACCGGCGAGGGCACCCGCAACAAGAUCACAUUCAUCUCCUGGGUUCCAGACGAUGCACCACAAUACCCGCGCAUGAUGUACUCGUCUUCCAAGGAUGCUCUCAAGCGCUCGCUCAACGGCCUUGCUGCAGACAUCCAGGCCAACGACGCUGACGAUAUCGAGUUUGAGACCAUCUUGUCCCGCGUUUCCAAGGGCCGCUAAGCUCUCCCAGUGAGAACGCAGUCUGAGUCUUCGAGGUCGACGUAGCAUCGGUUGGCCGUAGCAGUGGUUGAUGCGUGCCUGACUUGGCCUCCGAUGUGUACACCAUAGCUAUACUCUGGAGCAACUUUCAUUUCUACUUUCAAAAGUCGCCUCCUGUACUCUCUCGUCUUUGAAGAAAACUUCUCACGCAAGAUAUCUGGAGCGUUGAUCGCCGGCUCUCGUGUAGGCGGAUGAAAAGCGUUGGGCUCAGCAAGGUGACAUGAGACUUGCCAUGUAGGGUACGCAUAGAACGAAUUGCCUUCCUCUUUUGGCCCUGUGUCCGAA